GAGUGUAUUUUAAAAAUUAAGGAUGGCUCAACGUGAUUCCAAAAUAGAGGUGAGAAAUGGGAGCCACUCACUUUUUCUCUCUCUCCUCGCGAGAUGAGAGGUAAACAAAAACAAAAAAAAUGCAUUGGCUCACAUUGUCUUUCUAGCCAAAUUCUCAUGCAAAAGAUUCACCAGAGACGGAAACGAAAAGCUGGGCCUCUUCUAUAGGCUGAGGAAGAAGGGACGACUACUAGCUUUCGCUCUUCGAUCGGACAGAGCAACUUCGACGACUGUCUUUCUUCUUAGAUGACAACAGCGGACGACGGGAUUGGCCGGGCGAUUUCCGAUCGGAACUGCGGGAGACGCGACACGACAACCGAGCUUCUUCGAUCCGACAGGCACAAUUUUGGACAUUGUGUGCUUCCAAUGGCGUCCUUGCAAGAAAGUCUGAAUAGGUUUAACAAGCGGCAGGAGAAGUGCCAGUCAACCCUUACCAGUAUAGCAGAAGCUAAUAAAGCUGGAUCCUCACGGGCAACUCAUCCCAAGAUGUCAGCAUCAUCAACUGCAAAUGCAAAGUCUUCUGCAACCGUAGUUACAUUCUCUAAUGACACAGAAAGACUUCAGCAUAUAAACAGCAUAAGAAAAGCUCCCGUUGGAGCUCAGAUGAAACGUGUGAUAGACUUGCUACUGGACACUAGGAAAGCUUAUACAGAAGCACAAAUAAAUGAACAAUGCCAUGUUGAUAUGAAUGCCAACAAGGCUGUAUUUGACAGUUUGAGAAACAAUCCUAAGGUCCAUUAUGACGGCAAACAAUUCUCUUAUAAGUCCAAGCAUGAUGUUAAGAAUAAAGACCAGCUAUAUCGUUUGAUACGAAAAUUUGUUGAGGGCAUUGCUAUCAUUGAUCUCAAGGAUGCAUACCCAACUGUGAUGGAGGACCUGCAGUCUUUGAAGGCAGAAGGACACGUUUGGCUGCUAUCAAACUUCGUCGACUCUCAAGAGGACAUUGCGUACCCCAACAAAGCCGACGUGCGGAUCAAAGUAGAUGAUGAUCUGAAACAGGUCUUCAGAGAAGUUGAACUGCCGCGCGACAUGCUUGACAUUGAAAAAGAUCUCCAGAAGAAUGGGAUGAAGCACGCUACUAAUACCGCAAAGAGGAGGGCAAUGGCCCAAGUCCAUGGCAUUUCCUCAAAACCCAAAACCAAGAAAAAGAAGCAAGAGAUCAGCAAAAGGGCCAAGCUCACUAAUACCCAUCUUCUCGAGCUCUUUGACCACCUCAAAUCCUCUGGUUCGUGAUUCUGGCGGGCUCUCUCGUUGAGAUUGAAUCUAAAUCGUCGAGUCUACAAUUUCAUUUGUUCAAAAAAAAAGCAUUUUGUGUUUGAAAUUAUCAAAACAACAGUACCCAUUCACUCAACAACUGGCCAUCCAUUUUAAAAUUCAGAUUGUGUAUGGUGUUGAUGUUUU